AUGGCUCGUCCUUGUCCUCAUCCUCUUGCCUUGUUCUCCCUUUACCCCUACAAGGGAAACGUGCGAGCCGAACGUAUCAUUUCUCAUCCAGACAAUAGCCACACUCUCUCAACAUUAUCCAAUGGUAAACUAGCUCUUGACAUUGAUUUCCAUUUGCACAGAAAAUCGAACAAAACUCUUGCAACCCUAGGACGAGGUGAUAAUGUCGAUAUCUAUGUGGAAGGAGCGUAUAUUUCACAGCGCCAAUGCUCGUUCGAGUUAGACUCAGAUACUGGUGUUGUAAUGCUUUACGACAGAUCAUCUACUCGAUCAAUACAAGUCUUUGGUAGAACUGCCGAAGAUGAACUCAACACUAUUGUUGGAAUGGGUGGUGAACGUCGAGACCUUGUUCAAUUCGAAUUGAUAUGGCAUCAAAGUCCUGAAGGAACGGUGAAGACAAUCAACCAUUACAGUUCCAUGCCCUGUGGUCAAGUCGAGAACCCACGCCUUGCUCGAACUGUAGACUAUGCACCAACUGAGUUCCCAUCUCGUUACGAAACGAGAACCCACACGCCAGGACAGCUGAAGAUGAGAUAUGUGAUAGUGGGAACUAGGCUUGGAUCUGGACAGUUUGGAACUGUAUACAAAGCCAUCAACGUGGACUCAGGGAAGUUCAUGGCCGUCAAGAUAAUUGAGCGACCUACGAGAGAUCCAACGAAAGAAGAUCGGAUACGAUCAUUCAAUCAUGCUUUAAAGCUUGAAGUCGAGAUUCUUUCUGCAAUAAGCCAUCCACACAUCAUCGACUAUAUCGGGUCACAAGGCUGGAGCAAUCCAUGGGCGGAGAUAUUUAUGGGUCUGAAAGAAGGGUCCUUGGAAUCCUUGAUCAAGAUCGGAACCCCUAUUUCUGCCGUUGCAGAAUCCGUCCUCCUGCAAAUGCUACAGGCGCUUGACUAUAUUACAUGUAAGGGCAUUGUUCAUCGAGAUAUGAAACCAGAGAAUAUUCUCUACAUAUUGCAGCCGAGCGGCAGAUAUGAAUUCCAGCUAGGAGAUUUUGGUCUCUGCAAUCGCAUUGUUGAUACCACAACAUUCGCCGAUGUAUGGUCACUCUUUGUCACGAUACUAUGGGUAUUGAAUGCGGAGAAUUUUCGUCAGAAAUCUGAUCAAUUUAAGCACAAUGUUGCUGUUAAGGAGGCAGUUCUGUGGAUAGUCGCUAACGUGGAUUUGGUUGGAAAUUUCCGGGAAAUGGCAAUCCUUCAACCAAUAGAACGUGCUUCUGCAGCACAGUUGCUUCUGAAGCUUUUCAAUGGAACAGGACUUAGCACUCCACGAAAUCAGGUUCUAGCUCUUACCAGCAGCCUUUCUCCUGCCCUUACAACUCAGGCUUCAUAA